AUGGUGUCCUGCAGCAACUGCGUUGCCAGUCGACGCGCUUCAAGCUGUGCUCGCCGCGGCAGAUCCCUUGCGUGUUCCGAAUGUAGGCGCAAGAACAUCGAAUGCGAUCUCGCUGUCCUUAUCAAGGCCGAGGAGGACUCCGUAGCCGAGCAGUCAAUCACAUCGCCUCCAGCCAAAAAGCGCCGAAAGGCCGCCACGGCGCCGAAAGACUCGAAAAGCUUCCAACUCCAGGAACUGCUGUCCGGCAAUCUCAUAUGGGCAAUUGGCAUCGACGCUGGAACCAACUACUGCUCUGCAUCAUGGUCAACAGUGAACGCUCAUACGGGCGUCCAGAGUCAAAAUGUGGUCAGCAAACAGAUCUCAUUCGGUGAAGAAGGCGAGAAAGAGGCACCAAUGGAAGCCACGAUCAUCAACAACGGCGGAGUUCCGACCCUGUACGUCGGUCAACAAGUCCAGAACUUCCUCCUGAGUCAGAUUUCCCGCCGAGAUCAAGUCUUCUCAUUGCCAAAGCUUGCCUUACUCGCAGGCAGUGAGCACGCCGUGUUCGGCGUCCGAAAUGCUGCAGACUCAAUCCAGGGAGACGCGUAUGAUACGGCAGCAGAGAUAUCGCGACUACACCAAAAAGCCAUCUCCAGCUUCAAAGGCCUCCUCGUCCAAGUUCCACGAAAAUCCUACGACAAUUAUGAGUUUGCCUGCAACGACCCUGUCGACGUUCUCGGUGGUGUGUUAGCUUGGAUCUGGGACAAAAUAGUGACCGACAUAAGGGAUGAGACAGGCUAUUCUCGGGAGGAUGCUAGCGUCAUAUUGAAGAGCGCCAAGGUCGCUGCCAGUGUUCCAGAAAUCUGGUCUGAUGCAAUGACGGAUUGGGUUCGAAGACUCUGGCUACAAGCUGGCCUCCAUUCUGUCAAUAUUGUCUCCGAGCCAAAGUGUGCGGCGGUCUGGCUUGCCCAUGAGCGUCAGACUUCAGUGCAAGCCAACUCACCUGAUCAACAGCGCCAUGCCGUUGCUGAUGUCCGCAAUACAAUCACAAUUAUAGUCGAUAUUGGCUGUGGAACCCUGGAUCUAGCAACAAUUCAGGCCGAGCUGGAGCCCGCCCUGAAGGUCAAGUCCCUGAUCCGAGGCUCUGGCAGCCUGCGAGGAUCCUACCAGAUUAACGUCAUCUUCAAGAAGCACUUGGUCCAAAUUUUCGGCGAUUCCUACAAUCGGGUCGUUGAACAACUAUCCGCCGGCGGGCCUCGUGACGAUGACCUUCUCCUUGAACCAUUCUCUCGUGGCUUUGAGAAGGCUAAGCGUCAAUUCGAUCCCGACAUGGAACACGACCUAGCCAUCCCGUUCGACUCUCCUGACCGGCUGCCGCCUGUACCUGAGAUCUCCAGCGUUCGCGGAAACAUGCUUUUCAUCAAGGCCCAGCGUAUGCGCGAUAUCUUGGAAAAAUUCAUGCAAGGAAUACGUCCGACACUCGAUGACCAUUUCCUCCGUCUGGAGGCCUUCAUGAAACAGAACAAGACUGCCAAGAAGGCCAGAAUCGAGAUGCAAUGUGUUGGUGGUGGCUCAAAGUCCCGCUUUAUAAGAGAGUGGCUUCAGGGCAACGCUGAGUGGGCCAGAAUGUCAAAACAUAUCCCUCAAGGCUCUCUGGCGGCCCUUGGGGCUAGAUUGAUGGCCGAAGAUCCGGAACUCGGUAGCCAAGAAUUCUCCAGAUCUGGAUACGGAUCGGCCUGGGCGGUCAAGUACGAGAGCAAGAAGCACAGCAAUGCUCAGAAAGCCGACAUCAUUGCUGCUAACGCUGAGUUUCCGACGAAACACGUAAAGAACCGCGUGUUCUGGGGCUUCCCAGUGGGUGCGAAGUUGCUGGACCCGGAAGAACCUCUCGUCGUGGAUGGCUUUGUGUCAAUCAUCAAAGAGUUCGCUGUCUGGCCAAUCGAACUGGAAAUGGAGCUCUACAGGACGGAGGAUCUUGAGCUAAGCCAGACUGACGAUGUUGACGCCAGUACUCCCGGAAUCACCAAGUUGCGACCGCUGACCAUGGAUGUGGCGUUCCACCAGCAGGCAUUUCCCGUUGACAGUCGCGAGGGAAGCGACGUCUACGAUAUCGAGUGUCGCGGUAUUGCGAAAUGGGAGGGCUCGAGAAUGUACUGGAUCUUCGUGGUGCACAAGACUGGCAAGUUCCCCCAAAACGCUGCGUUGGACGAGUACGAGGGCGAGGACUACAUCUGGAAGCGCGUGGAGCUCGAAGAGGUGCUGGAGUAUGGCGCAUUGAGAGUCUCCGGUUGA